CCAGAAACCCUUAUCGCUUUAAAUAACUUUCUCCUAAAAUGGAAACAAGAUCCUGCUUCUCAAUACAAUUUGAAUAUUGCAUCACAUAAUGUAUUACUAUGGGACCCUCUGGAUGCCACCAGAAACUUCGAUUUAAUGCUGCUUCUUGACCAAUCGAUAGAAGUAAAUUUUGAUGACUUCCUAUUACCAGAAGAAAUAGAAAACACUACCAAUCCUAUUUCAAUCUUAGAAUCAGAAAUAGAAGACACUACUGAUCUUAUUUCAGCUUUAGAACCAGAAAUUAAAAACUUAGAAGACUUCAUAACUAUUCUCUUAACUGAU